UCACUCGUUUAUUUUCUCUCGGUGUCCCCCGGAAGCAAAAUACAACGUCGCUUAUUUUUUUUAUUACAGCGACACUGUACCCGGACUUGCGAUUUGCCAUGGCGGAUGAAAGUGAAAGACGAGUAGAGAACCCUCAAACCUGCAGCAGCAGCAACGACGGAGGGAAGAAAGACGACGACAAGUUGGACUCCAGGACCAGGUCUCCUCCUCCGAGCAGGGCCCAUAAGAUUGCACCAUCGUCACCACCACCACCAUCAUCGUCACCACCAUCAACAUCGUCCUCGUCGUUCCAAUACGUGCCGAGACUUCGCCAGUGGGUCGACCUCUGCUACGCCCAGACCCUGGCAUGGCAGGUGAUGCAGUACCCUCCCUGGGCCUACGUCUACCCAGGUGCUGCUGGCGGCACGCCCGCUUGCCACGUGUAUCAGGCACAGCAUCAGCAUGGCCAGGCAUAUCAUCAUGGCCAGGCGCCAGCAGUCGGUGUUUUACCCGUCCAGUAUCAUGCAAAUCCAGCUGAUCGGCAGCAGCAGCAGCAGAGACAGCCCGGGGCGCAAGGUGCCAACAUCCUGGCCGGCCAGGGAGGGCAUCAAGCAGGGAGGCAAUUCACUGUGCCAACGCUGACGAGAAGAUUAGCGGCCGAGGCGGUGGACUUCCUCAUCUUGUGUUGCUUCAAAGUGUCCGUGACGGUCGGCAUUCUCUACCGCAGCGGCAUCAAAGACCCUUCCGACUUUGCUCUGCACCUGCUGUUGGAGGACAUCAAUGAGGAGACCUCAGUGGAGGAGAUCCAACGGAUGAUCAUCGUGGCCUUGGUGUACAGACUCUUCGUUUGCUUGUACGAGUGGAUCUGCGUGUGGGGCAUAGGCGGUGCAACACCAGGCAAAUUUCUGCUGGGCAUGCGCGUGCUGAGCUGCGACAGCUGUGUGACCGUGCAGGCGGACCGAGUGCUGCUGCUCAACCCCAACAACGUCGGCAUGGCGGCGUCGGCCGUUCGCUCCGUCAUCAAGAACAUCUCCAUUGCUGCCUUCCUGCCGGCCCUGACGACCGUUUUCUUUAACCAGCACAACCGUGCGGGCUACGACGUGGUGGCGGGGACGGUGGUCGUGAGGACAGAUGUUCCAUGACUGCAAGCUGAACGAUUGAUGGCCACCCAGUGCAAUGCAGCCCAGCGUUAUGCAAUACAGUUCAACACACCACUGCACUGGCUGUUACGUUAUAUCCCAGAAUUAGAUAAUAAUGAACAGCCAAUGUAAAUGAAAACCUGCAUUAGUUAAUAAAGCCCAACAUCAGCUCGCAAAAUAGUGGCGUAUCGAUCAACACAAUAUUCGAGAGCAUGAGCCAAAAUAAUCCAGUUGUGCAUCAGUUAACAACACGUUACCGCACUAGUAGACAUAAUAUGACUUGGCACUAGCAAACGCAAUUUAACUUAGCACGCACUUACGUAACACAGCCUCAUAUUAGCUAACAUGGCACAGUCCAGCACAACCAAUGCCACAGCAUUGUACCACUGUGUCGGCAUAUAUCCAGUCCGACACGGGCCCCGGCUUACGCGACAAAGCUUCAGUCAUUUUCACUCUGCCCUGCAUAACAUCUUCCUUCAUAUGCUCACUCGUACUCACACGGGGCGCAACGAGGACUUUUACCACCUGAUAAGUCCACGAUAAUCGGGACCUAACCCCCCCUCCCGCCCAACCUGGCUCUGCCAAAGUGCCACUGGUGAAUUACCUUAGGGCUCACCAGACCGUGUCUCCCACUCGCACCUCCCAGCUAUGAUGCAGCUGGAGGGUGUCGUUUAAAAAAAACAAAACUGCCACAUCUGUGUCACCUCCCCGAGUCUCCCCGCCGUAACAAUCGCCACGAAUUGCACCGCGGCCGUGUGAAAUCAUUCCUCGAGGGUGCGAAUUGCCACCUAUUGUUGGCAACUUCAAAUGAUGAACCGGCGUUGGGUGAGUCGCCGUUUUAUUUAAAGGCGUGUGUGCUACCUCAAGUCAAUUCCAUUCACGUUAUAUCCGAUGAACGACUAAAUAAUGAUAAAUUAAAGGAGGCUGUUUGUGAUUUAUGACAGUCGUUGCCUGUUUUUUUUUGGAAACGGAGCCACAUUUCUUCACAGAAAGAAAGUGUAUCCUUAAAAAAGGCAAAUUAUGCCAUUUCGGCAAGGUGAAUAUCUGAUUCAAUCAUUCAUACACGUAUCGUUUAUUGGUGAAAACUAAUUUAAGUGUCUCUCUAAUCAAGUCUCAGACAGCACUCCUAUCUGUUAACAGCCCUGAGCCAGUGAUGGAAAUUCCACAUUCCUUCAGUGGAUAUCAUUGCUCGAGUGACACACAGCCAAAUUAAUAUAUAUUCAGGUAUCAGCUCAUGUAGAUACCAUGUAUCUUCAGCAAGGGCGAACCGGUGACUUGUGCGUGUUUUUUCACGUUUACCGCUUCUGGUGACGGUGGUUAAACACCUGACUCGAUUUUGAUCCCUCUACGGUCAACAAAAUUGGUGCCACUUUACCACUUACUACAGGCCAAUUGUUGUCGGCACAUGAAGAGGCUGGCUCCUGCUCUGGGAAUGUGGAAUUUCCAACUGACUCGGGAACAGAGAUACGCACCACCGAUGUUGGUUUGUGUAGGGGGGUAUUGAAUAACAAGGCAGUCACGCAAUAGUUUUAUUUACAGGUUUGAAAACAUUUAACCUCGUUAAGGCCCUAUGCAAAGUGAGAUUGCAGGGGGCAGAAUUAAAACUGCCAGUCCGGACCGACUGCCAUCGUGGUUGCGCAGCCAAACGUUAUUUUACCCAGCAGUCCCAAGUCUGGGCUGGGCACCGAAAUAAAUGUACAAUUCGAGGACUGCAUCGGGGACGGUGUAGAAACUCGGCCACAAGGCCGAGCUUCUACGACAAACCACGGCGUUGUGGCUGCGAAAAUUUGUGUUUCAAACGGGAGGGCCCAAUUUGAAUGCACAAGCAAUUCGGCAGAUUUAAGGUGUCGAGCAUUGAGCACACAAAAUGAAUGACCCGCGCUUAUAUUUAAGCAUGUUAAAUUCUAGUAUUUUGUAUUGUGUGAAUAUUUAACUUUAGCGAUCAUGAGGAAUAUAGAAUUGUUCUUUUUACGCAAGUCUCUUUGAAACCACCACGUAAAAUUACUGUUAUAAUACCGGUGACCAACUUAUCCUGAAUGCAAGCAAUCUCAUCAGGUCUUGCAAGCUAAGCAGAUUUUGAGCUCGGUUAAUACUUGGACAGAACACUGCCUUGAAAUACCCAGGUGUUGUUGGCUUUGACUGUGUGGUAGCCUCACGUCCUGACAUCUACAGGAUCGUCCAGAUCUUACCCCCGAUUAGUUGACCCCCUAACAUUUUUACCGUUUGCAUAUUCAUUUAUGUUUUAAAUAAACGUUACUUUUAAAAUUAUAUUAGGUUUUAGAGCUUUAAAUGGGGCGGGGGGGGGGUGGGUUAUUCACAACAUAUCUGGGCCACCCUGUCUGUCCAAGCACGCCAUCAUUUCACCACCUCUUUAGGAUGACAGUCUCGAAAGCGGGCGACUUCGUUUCAAAUCUGAAAUUCGCGUCGAGGCUUCUUGGGAGGGCGCGGUUUGAACUUCCGAGUGCAGGCCCCGGCUGCACCCGCAAGCCGCCAGCGCGCGCCGUCGCAUCGGCCCGCGUACCGUCAAACACCGCGGCACACUUUCACGCAGACACGCUUAGUUGCAUUUGAAUUUGUAAGAGAGUCCAUUGAGGCUACAUCUUUUUUUCUUCUUCUUUUUGAAGAGGCUCGUUGGAAAACAAAACGGUGCACAAGGUAGACGGCAGAUAACAAAGCAAUACAUCGUGGUUGAGUUGAGAUUAAAAGGUACAAAGGUUUACAUUUUCUCUCUCUCAAUGUCACCUUUUAACUCGACAAAAACAGCGCAUCAGCAUGCAAGCAAUAUUAAAUGAUGGUGGUUUUUUCAAGAGGGUUUUUAAAGCAAGAUAUAGACACUGACAUGAAAUUUGGUGGCUUAAGUGCAUAAAAUAUGACAGUUACAAGGAUUAUUGUUCAAGCGUUGUUAAAUUGACUUCUCAGCUGACACUACUAACUUGUGAAAUAAGUCCAAGGCAAUUAGCAGAAUUCGAUAGAAUUUUAGUUUUAGUAAUGUCAGUUCCAUUUUCAGUUGAUACUUUUAUUUUAGGUGAACGAUUGAGCUGUUUGUUUUGGGUUUGAUUAAGUGUUCACGUUUUAAUGCAUUAUUUAAAGUAAUAAAUAUUACAAUCCAAACUAAGUCUAGUGUUUCUGUUUCCCGUGUUCAUUGUUGACCAUAUCAGGAAAUGUGUAAAUAGACGGGUGUAUGCGUGCACACACAGAUACAUUGCAAUGCUAAGUGUAAUUAUCCAUUUAAUAUUACAUUUUAUUGUUGUAAAAAAAUGUACGUAAUGUAUUACGAUAUUGAGGACACUUAACAUUAAUAAACUAUGUAUGCGAACAAGUUUAAUUAAUUGGGUUUUUUGCUUGGAUGGAAAUAUGACAAUAGAAGGGGAAAACGUUCAACUUGUCAUGCUUUAGUAACGUUGCAGAUAUGUAUAUGUACAACUGCAUAUGCAUAAUCACACAUAUACAAUGUCAUGCACGGCACAAACACAUAUACACAUAAAUUGCGAUACUGGGAGUCUGUUAUAAAGUAUUGUUUUUCAAAAAGCUUUUUUUUGGGUUAGUUCGCAUAAAUAUAAACGUGUCGUUAAACCUGCCACCCACCCGACGCAGCCGAUUAGUAAGUUUUGUCACGUAAGCAAAACGUGCCAAUUCGUUACUUCAGCACACCGGUGUGUUGGAGAGUAACCCCACAACAUUGCUAAUUGUGUCGGUGAUGGCGGAUUUAACGACACAUUUAUAUUUACGCGAUCUCACCCAAAAAAAAACCUUUACUACCGAUAAUAUUGGUCGCGAAACCCUGCGUGUUCAAGUAGUGUUUUGACACAUUCAAACCAUGCAUAGACACGUUGCAACUUACGUGUGUAUGGAAGUUGUAAAGCUAUUUCUUUCUAGAUUUGAAGCUUUCAGUGACUGCAAGGAUUCAUACUCUUAGGUUUUUCGGUAAAGUCACGUAGGUAAAAAAUAACUAAUAAUAAAUAAUAGAAAUAAUAAUAGAAAUAAAAUAAUAGUGAUUUAUUAUACGUGACUUUACCGAAAAACCUAAGAGUUUGUAAAGCUAUCCCUAAUUUCUAACAGAAUUUGAAACUUCCACGCGCGCUUAAAACGUGGCGGCCGGGUGAUCAAACACAAUAUAAUACCGGGACAUCUGUGGGUGGGAAAAAAUUGCUUCAUAGCUCAUCGGAUUCUUCCAGUAUAAAUAAACAUUCUGAUUAGAGCUCCCACUCGCAUGCAGUAUGUGAACGUUCCCAUUGCUUGAACGCUGUGGAUGCGUGCGAGGCGGACCGGCUCUAACGUCCAAUAUUAGCCUGUUAAGAUUCCAUAUCACUGGAAUAUAACUUUUUUAUUUUUUAACGCAGUUAUACAAUUUUUUUUAGGUAAGCUAUUUAGAUCUUCGGAUUAGGGUAGUUUAAUUAGGGUACUUCUACCUAACUUGGUUUUUAAAUUAAAUAUCGGUUUUACACGGAGGCUUUCGCGAUCAAUAUUAUCCAUGCUAGAGGUGCUUGGGUUAGAUCGCGUAAAUCUUUCGAUAUCAAUAUAAUUGCGUUGUUUGAGUGAUGAACCUUACUAAUGGGCCAUGUCGGGAUGGUGACAGGUUUAAACGACACGUUCAUAUCUUCUUGGUUCUUUCGGUAAAGUCACGUAGAAGGGAAGUAAUAAAAUAAUAAAAAAUAAAACAUAAUAAAAUAAUUCUCACGACGUUUCGGCCACAACGCAAGCAGCCGUCCUCAGGUGAAAACCAGGUCUGUCGAGGCGACAGCGUCUGACAGACCUGGUCACGAAAGCUUUAAAUCGAAAUGACACGUUCAUAUUUACGCGAUCGUAUAACCCCAAAAAACCCUCUAUUAUGGAAAAUUGAUAUCAUAACUACAAUAGUAAUUAAUGUCCGAAACAAAAGAUAUAAACGUCGUCAUCAUUGUCCGGAGGAGACCUGCGUUUGCAUCACAGCCACCGCCAGGAGCUAGUGACGAACCCACCACCAGGUGGGACCUGGGACCCACACACUCACCUGAGAA